UUGGAAAGUAAACAUAAUUUCAAAAUUUUAGAAAUAAAAUCUAAACUAAUAAUUAAAAAAUAAUUAUAAAUAUUAUUGAGUGUCCAUGGGCAUUGCCCAUUUGGACAUGGUCUCUAUUGGUCUUAGAUAUUUGUUUGGACCAUUGUCCAAUAUGGACCACCCAUUACUGCCCAAAACUGAAAUGGUCCAAGUGGUGAUGCCCAAUUGGGACAUGGACGGACCAUUCGACAGCUCUAGUUGGCCUUACAGUGAGAUUUUUCAGGAAGAACACAGUGGUGACCACUUGUAAGAACAGUGAUGAAGUUGAUGGGUAGCCAGGUUCUGCAGACCUCUUUGUUAAAGUCAGCAUGGAUGGUGCCCCUUAUCUAAGGAAAGUUGACCAGAGGAGAUACAUUAACUACAUGGAACUUUCUUCAGCCUUGGAGAAAAUGUUCACCACUUUUACUCUUGGAAAGGAUAAGCUCUGUGAGACCAAACUCAAGGAUCUUCUGAAUGGAAAAGACUAUGUGCUCACUUAUGAACACAAUUAUGGAGAUUGGAUGCUUCUUGGAGAUGUUCCACGGGAGAUGUUUAUUGAUGUCUGCAAGAAGCAGAAGAUAAUGAAAGGCUGUGAUGCCAUUGGAUUAGCUCCGAGAUCAAUGGGGAAAUCGAAGAUGAGAGCUUAUAAUCUGGAAAGAAAGUGAUUCAGAAGCUUUCUAACUAAUACAGAAUAUGUGUGGUUGAGACUAUCCCGUUUGGUUGUGUUUUUUAAUUUCAAAACAUCUGUAGCUUCUGAAAUUUUUUUGUUUUAAAUAAAAACUACAUAGGUAAGAAUUGACUACGUUUUAGUGGAACCAGUAAACUGGUCGCCGUUUCCACGAAUUAAUAUGAUCUCUCUAUUUUUGACU